AUGGAUCAUAAUGAGAAGGAGAAGGAGAAGGCAUCAUCAAAGUGUAACAUUUACGAAGGAAGUUGGGUUUAUGACAAUUCUUCUAACCCUCUUUAUGGAACAUCGACUUGUCCGUUCAUGGGUUUGGAUUGCCAGAAAUUUGGUCGGCCGGACAAGAAUUACCUCAAUUAUCGGUGGCAGCCUACCGGAUGCGACAUCUCAAGAUUCGACGGACAAGAUUUCUUAACAAGGUACAAAGGGAAGAAAAUACUGUUUGUUGGAGAUUCACUAAGCAACAAUAUGUGGCUGUCGCUGAGUUGCAUGCUCCACGCGGCCGUUCCCAACGCUAAUUACACCUUGCAGCUCGAUAAGCUCCUCUCUACCUUCACCAUUCCGGAAUAUGGAAUAUCUGUAAAUUUCCUGAAAAAUGGGUUCCUGGUGGAUUUGGUAGCGGACAAAACAAGAGGAAUGAUACUGAAACUAGAUUCGAUCAGUACCGGGAAUCAAUGGUUGGGAUCAGAUGUUGUCAUCUUCAACACUUUCCACUGGUGGACUCACGCUGGUCGUUCUAAGACAUGGAAGUAUUUCCAAGUGGGCGACAAGAUAGAGGAAGAGAUGAAUAGAAUGGAAGCUUUCAAGAUUGCUCUGACAACUUGGGCUAAUUGGGUUGAUCACAACAUUGAUCCUUCAAAAACUAGGGUUUUCUAUCAAGGAGUCUCUCCCGUUCAUUUAAAUGGUACUGAAUGGGGUAAACCGGGGAAGACUUGCUUGGGAGAGACGGAACCAGUCGAGGGAAAUAGUAGCUCGGGACAGAAUAACAACGAAGGCGAGGAUAUAGUGAGAGGUGUGAUCGGAAGGAUGGCUAAACCGGCGAGCCUCCUUGACGUGACGGCUAUGGCGGAGCUGAGGAAGGAUGGUCACCCUUCCAUAUACGCCGGUGGAGGCCGUAAAUUAAAUGACUGUAGCCAUUGGUGCCUCCCUGGAGUCCCCGAUGUAUGGAACCAGCUUCUCUAUACCGCUCUUCUCAAUGACAAUUAG